AUUGUAUAUAAUAAAACAAUUUUACUCAAUAAAUCGCAUUUGAAACAGGACAGUUCCGCGUUUUUUCGGAGCAUAAGUGUUAAAUUUAUUAUAUAAAAAAUGCAUGUACGUAAAUAUUUACGUAAUUAUUUACGUAAUAUAUCAUACUAUUGAUAUUGCCCGGAAGUUUAUCGUAUGUGCAUAGUUUUACAUACAUAUACAAAUGAAAGUCAUUUGAUGUUGUCUAAAUAACAUUUUUAUCCAUAUACUAUCUCUACUUCAGGGACAGUAACUUGUACAACUUAUUGUUAGAUAGUAAAAAUAAACUUGGAACAUUCUUGAAAUUAAUGUUGCUGGCUGUAUCGAAUAAUUGAAAUUGUAAACCUUAUUAAAUAAAAUAAAGAAAUAAGAAAGUUUCACCUGGAAAAUCAUUCCAAACGGGAUACAGAAAUCUAGGGAUACUAAAAUCUAGGAGAUAUUAGUAUCUAGGAGUGUAGGUAUCUAGAAAUUUAGAGGGAUGUAGAAGAUUAGAAAUAUACCUUUCGAUAUAACACACUCAUGUUUCGCUUUUAUAGUAUAAAUGUUUGCAGUAAAAAUAACGUGAAAGUAGCAUUGUAUAUUUUUUUUACGAGUGAAUAUAAUUAUUUGUGACAUGAAGGUGCGUUCAGACUAUAUAUAUUUGGUCUGAACUAGUUUGAAUGUACUUUAAAAUGUUCUGAGCUUCCAAUGCAGUUGCUUGUGCGCAUGUACUUGUUAAAACGGAAAUGUGGUAGCUGUUUGUCCUGACCGCGGAUAUCUGUGCUUUUCUUGAUAAACUUUACCUACGUUUAAUUGUUAUUUAUUUUUCGAUUCAAUUGUAUAUAAAGUUCACAUUUUGUGGAAAUAUUACUUUAGGUGCUCGUAAUAUGCUUCAUAAGCAUCCACGUCCAUUAGUAUUGUGUGGUCCUUCUGGCAGUGGGAAAAGCACAUUAAUAAAGAAGCUUUUUGAAGACUUCCCAGAAACAUUUGGAUUUUCGGUGUCUCAUACAACUAGAGCACCAAGACCUGGUGAGGAAGAUGGAAAACAUUAUCACUUUACAACUAAAGAAAAGAUGCAAAAGCAGAUAGAACAAGGUGAAUUCCUUGAGACAGCUACCUACAGUGGAAAUUUAUAUGGAACGAGCAAACGUGCAGUGGAACAGGUGCAGAAAGAUGGAAAAGUUUGUAUAUUAGACAUUGAGAUGCAAGGUGUGAAACAAGUAAAACAAAGUUCUCUUGAUCCUUUGUAUGUAUUUAUUAAACCACCAUCUAUAGAAGUACUGGAAGAAAGAUUGAAGGGAAGGAACACAGAAACAGAUGACUCUUUACGUCGUAGGUUAUCUAUUGCCAGAACAGAAAUGGAGUAUGGUGAGAAGCCAGGUAAUUUUGAUGUGGUAAUUGAAAAUGAUGAUAUCUCUAAAGCAUAUGAUAAAUUAAAAGAAUUUGUGGUCUCAAACUUAAUUAAAAAAUGAAAAAGAGUACCAAAUUAUUGCUUUCUAAAUGUGUACCUAGGAAGCUUCCUUGAUGAUGAAUUAUAAUUAUUUUUAUAUGUCAUUAUGUGAUGUAUGGUAAUAGAUAAUAUUAAAUUCAUUAUUGUAUAAUGAAGUACAACAAAGGUUGAAUUACUAGAGUGCAAAAUAAAU